AUGGAGCGGCACAAAGGUUUUCAUAAUGCUAAUGUUACUCGUUGGAUAACAACUACUGGUACUUAUUCUGAAGAUGUUAGAACAUUUAAAGGACUUACAUUCUUGAGAGUUUUUAAAGCAGG